AUGGUCGCUAAUACCACUCCGCAAUUCGGCCCGACGGGUAACAACAUCGUCCUUGCUGAUGCUGGCGACAACAUACGAAGCAUUGAGCGGAGUAUUCUGGCGGAUAUCAAUGACCGUCGAGGACGUCCGACCCCCGGAGACAGUUGGGCACAAGAAAG